AUGUCUCUCGACCCGCCCGCCUACGUCCUCUCCUUGCAGAACAACAUCCGCGCCCGACCGAUCAGCUGGGAAGGAGCGGUACGAGCAAAGACCAUCAGCGACGCCGAUCUGAAGAAGAUCAAGGCAAUAGACAAGGUGCGCAAAGAACAGCGCAAGCAGACCAUCGAGGAGGAUGUCGACACCUACACCACCCUCCUGCUUGGCGAUGGCGAGAAGAAGAGCAUCUUCGAGAGCGCCGCCAAGCGCACCGACAUUGUGCAGUAUAUGCUCGUCCUGACGGGUGAUCUCAUCGAAGAUAUUCCCUCGCUCACUCAAUCGCUGGUCAAACACCCCCACCCGUACAAACCUCUGUUACCGCUGCUCAAGCAGUCCAACAAUGCCGAAGACCCCAUUCCCCUCUUGACCUCCUCCGUCCUCUCUUCCCUGCUCUCCCGUGCCCUCAUCGCGCAACCCAAGUCCACCCCCGAAAUCGACGAGGCCCUUCCGAAGCUCUACUCCUACAUCGCGCUGUUGUCCAAUACCUCAGACACAAACCUGCAGGACAUUGGCGUACAAGAGUACAGCGCGCUCCUCCGGACGUCCAAGUCUCGUCUGCAAUUUUGGGAGCAGCGGAAGGAGACCCUCGGCCCGCUGAUCGAUGUGUUGCGGAACGCUGCGGGUGGCAGGGACUCGGACAGCACAUUGCAUAACGGCAGCACCGCUGGUGGCUCGAGUAUACGGAGCACCGCCGAUGCCAGCAUGGCCGCCAACAUGAAGGUUGGAGGGGGAGUCGGCCUGCAGCUUCUCUACCACGUUCUCGUGGUCAUCUGGCAGCUGUCGUUUGAGGGCAAGGUGAUUGGCAAGGGUUUGAACGACGAGCACGAUAUUGUUCCCCUCUACACCCAGCUCCUACGGAUCUCUCCGAAAGAGAAGACGACACGAGUGCUUCUCGGCACGCUCAACAACCUCCUUUCAUACGACCAAAGUACAUUGAUGCCGGCUGCCCUACCUGCCAAGCUCCCCGCAGUCCUCGCCAACUUGAAGACUCGACAUCUGACCGACCCGGACCUUCUCGAAGAUCUGGACAGCAUUACCACCUUGAUGAAAGACUACACCUCAUCCCAAACCACAUUCUCUGAAUACUCGGCGGAAGUUAAUAGUGGGCAUCUACGCUGGUCUCCGCCGCACAAGAACGCGGACUUCUGGCGUGAGAAUGCGCGGCAGAUCAUCGAAGAGGAAAAGGGUGAGCUGUGCAAGAAGUUGGCCGAAAUCCUUAGCAAGGAUUGGCAGAACGACAAGCAAGUUCUCGCAAUUGGCUGCAACGAUGUCGCUUUCCUGGUCAAGGAGUGUCCAGAGAAGAGACAGCAGUUGGAUAGGAUGGGGCUGAAGGCGAGGGUGAUGGUGUUGAUGCAAGAUGAGAACGAGAGCGUCCGGUGGGAGUCUCUGCGGGCGGUGGGAGAGUGGCUACGGUACAGUGUUGACCAGCAACAACAAUAA